AUGCUACGUACCUGGCUGUUGCUAGCGCUGAGCACGUGUCUUUACGUCCCAAUCUCUGCCUAUGACCAUCGAUCGUCGGGUCCGAUCAACUACAGGACGUACGCUGCAAUGACCAAGUACUUAUUGGAGCUCAAUGCAACAUUUCCAGACGUUGUGCAGGUGUCAGUGGUUCAAGAAAUGUACAAUCUGUCGUAUCCUGAAGAGCUUCAGUGCAUUGUGGACGAUGAGACGAAACAGGACAGAAACAGUUCUUGUGGAGCGCUGCACGGCGACGAACGCGUUGGCCCCAAUGCAGCCAUUGAGCUUGUUGCAUUAGUUGCAUAUGCCACGUCCAUAUACGGAACAAACACGACAAAACCUAUGGUGGACACGCAGCGCUGGUUAAAGGAGCUAGUGAACACUCGAAACGUGCUCGUGGUGCCAAUGACGAACGCUUACGGCUAUUCGCACAACCGUCGCGAGGAAUUGAAUGUGGACCCGAAUCGAGAUUACAACUAUAUGAAGUCUGGCGUGGAUUGCAUGCAGACGAUGACGUCUCGUGUCGUCAAUGAGAUUUGGAGAGAUCAUAUUUUCCAAUUGGCAGUGACGUUUCACGGUGGAACUCGAGCAGUAGCGUAUGAAUGGGGCUCGCCGGAUCAUUAUCUACAUGGUGACACGAACACUAAAAGUGAGAAAUCCCCUGAUCACAUGGCCCAGUUCCAGAUUGGUAACACACUGGCUAACUUUGCAGGCAUCUUUCCUGAUGGAAAACUAUAUCCGACAGGAACAAUGAACGACAUUGUGUAUGGCGUCACGGGUGGCAUGGAAGACUGGGGCUAUGCUGCCUCGUGGGAGAAUCAGUUUUACGAUGAAAAAUCGCAGCCUUUCAAUCCAUGUGAGCCGACAACGUUUGGAGGAUAUCCGAAGGAGAAGACAAUCUACAAUAACAUUACCAACCGCGCUUUCAAUAUGCUGGUAGAGACUUCCAAUAGCAAGGAGCCUGAAGCAGCCGACUUGGGAAACUAUAAGGAGUUGUAUAAAGCAAACGUCGACUUUUUCCGGACUGAAAAAGUCACGACGAAGUUUGUAGGACACGUACCGCGGAAUGUCCGCCUGGCGCUCAUGAUGGUUGAGAUGGUGCAGCCUUUAUUGCGCUGGGUGGAUGCUACGGAGUUGUCCGCGACGCGCACCCAACAAGUGUCGAGUUUCUUUCCUCCAGCGAGCUUAUACAAGAUAAGCACCGACUCAGUAACUGAGAUGGGUUGUGGAACCCUAGCGUGGGAGCGCAAUGAAGUUGCAACGUGUAAUGCCACCAACUGCAGUGUGACCGGCGCAACGUAUUCCAUGCUGCAGAUAGCUUGGGAGGUACUUGGCGCGCUUACUGUGGACAGCACUUAUGUCCAGGUAUCUUCCAGCCCAGCAUUCGAAGAUGACACCAUUUUGAUGGAGACCACAAUUCAAAAGGGCACUACCCGGCGGUUUUAUGAAUUUGCAUCCGAAUCGUCGCAGGCUGCGGCUCCAGACACGAUGGAAACAUCACUAUUCAUCACGUGUUUGGACUUGAGUAAUGUCACGUCGGACAAGACCUACAUUCGAGCUGUUGCAACUGUCGACCAAGACUGGAAAAACAAGGGCAACGGUGACGAUUCACCCUCACCCCGCGUGCCGCCACAGUCGCAUUUGGUGAAUGCUCGUACGAACCCAGAUUGGAAAUUUGAAUGGAAUGGUCACCGAGUGAAGUCUACGCUCGAGUGGACAUCUCCGGUUAUCACUGUCGAUAUUGCAACGAAAUUGCAACCAGAUGAGUCAUGGUCAGAAGCGUCGGCUGACUUGUCUCCAUCACUGACAUCAUCAUCAUUAUCUGUUGCUCAAAACGAGUCAUCUCAUACUGACAGCGAGGAUAGCAAGGACAGCGAUGAUCUACCGAAUACUGGCAAAGACCAUGCAAUGGAAUCACCAGAUGAAGACGAUGAAGAUGAAAAAGACUCAAGCGAUGAAGCUUCCAACCCGACGACUAAUGCUAAUGUCAAGACUCAUGAUGAAGAUGGAAGUGAACCCUACAACGAAGAAAGCAAAGAUAGUGAAGACAGCAGGAAAACCGACGAUGACGAUGACGAUCUGGACGCAGCAUUAAAGUCUUCUUCUUCGGUCAUUACUCCAGACAUCACUGCGACAGGAUUGAGUUCGGUGAACAAGGACACGCCAUCUUCAUUGCUUCAAUUUGGAUACGUCAUCAUGAGCUUCUGCGCUAUGAUCAUUGUGGUCACUCUCGCGUAUCUCUAUCGACGUGUGUUUCAACGUGCUCGUCAGCCGUACGUCAACAUUGAGCAAACGUCCCGCGCUACAAUCAACAGCAUUGACGAACAAGACGAUGAAGUGGAUGAUGAUGAUGAAAGUGAUGAGAAUGAAGAAGGCCCACGGAUCUCUCGUCAUGCCCAGUCCUCGCGAAGUGUCAUGUAG